AUGGCAAGAGGGCAUGUUCUCGAGGUUGCCGUUGGUACGGGGCGGAAUCUGGAGUACUAUGACUGGGAAGACAUCAAGGAAAUGGCCUCUGCCACACAAGGAGAGCAGCAGACCGAGCACGAGCGAGAGCGCAAACGCAAACGCCUUGAGAAAUUGGAAUCCGGCAAAUGGAAGCGGGACGAUGUCUCACCAGAGUUGCUGAGCUUCACGGGCGUAGACAUCUCAACGGACGUGCUGGAAGUAUCUUGGGGCAAAUUGAGAAAAGCUGUGCCUGAGCUCAUCUCAAAGCGACGAAGGCAGAGAGCUGAGGCCCAGGGUCAGGACAAGGGGCAAAGUAAAACAUCAUCUUUACCCACUGCCGAAGGAAAUACGCUUGCUGUCAAUCUGGGCGACGGUAGGAUCCGGCUGUUCAAAGGCGACGCACAAGCAUCGCUGCCAGCACCUCCUUCCUCCGAUGGUUCUGCAUCCUCGCCUACGAAGUACGACACCAUUGUGCAAACCUUUGGACUCUGCAGUGUAGCUGAACCGUCGCGUCUGCUGUCGGAAAUGGCGGGGGCAUUGCAGCCCAAUACGGGACGCAUCAUCCUACUGGAGCACGGUCGGGGCUGGUACGACUUUAUCAACUCUAUGCUUGACAAGUAUGCGCCGAGCCACUUUCAAAGGUUUGGAUGCUGGUGGAAUCGCGACAUUGAGGGCAUCGUCAGGGCCGCCGCUGAUACGAUACCGGGUCUGGAGGUCGUUCGCGUGGAGCGGCCGUACGUGCUGCAGGCGGGCACAAUGCUCUGGGUCGAGCUCCAGCUGGUUCGCCCUGGUGCCGAGGGUGGCAAUGGCAGCAAGGUCCCGCGCUCGGCUCCUGCCGAGAGCCGGUAG